AUGGGUUUAUCGGCACUCGCCCUUGAAAAGACACCUGCCUUUCCCACAUACCCAAACCGCAUGUCUGAAGCAGAUGUAUCGGCGGGGCUGGUCUUGCCAUACGCGGCCGUCGCCCUACUCGGCCGGGGUGGCGCCAUCGCAACACUGUUGAUCGUGUUCAUGGCCGUCACGUCUGCCACUUCAUCUGAGUUGAUUGCCGUCUCGUCGAUCUUCACCUAUGACCUGUACCGGACUUACUUCAAGCCGAAUGCUAGCGGCAAGCGUCUCAUCUACAUGUCGCAUGUCAUCGUGGUGGCAUACGCCUUGUUCAUCUCUACCUUCUCCGUGGGUCUGUACUAUGCCGGCAUUUCCAUGGGAUACCUGUACCUCAUGAUGGGUUGCAUAAUCUCGUCGGCUGUUAUACCCGCGACCUUGACGCUUGUAUGGUCAGGGCAGAACAAGUGGGCAGCCGCCUUGUCGCCCAUCUUUGGCCUCGCGUUCGCGCUCAUCGCCUGGCUUGUCACUGCUUCGAAAGACUGCGGCUCUCUGGACGUGGCAUGUACUGGCUCUAACAACCCCAUGCUUGCUGGUAAUGUUGUUGCUCUUCUGUCGCCACUGGUUCUCAUCCCCAUUUUCACCCUCAUUUUUGGCAUGGACAAAUACGACUGGAAGUCUAUGAUGGCAAUCCGCAAGGGUGACGACCACGACAUAGCCACCACUGCCGGCACCGAUCUCGAACACACUGCUGAUGAGCACGUUCAGACGACGAACGAGUUCAAAGCGGAGCAGUCGAAGCUGAUGCGUGCCAGCAAGAUCUCCAAAUGGACAACAGUGGCCAUGACUCUGGCGUUUCUGAUCUUGUGGCCGUUUCCUAUGUACGGCAGCGGCUACGUCUUUUCCAAGCCCUUCUUUACAGGUUGGGUGACGGUGGGGAUCAUCUGGAUCUUCUGUUCUCUUGGUGCUGUUGGGAUUUUCCCCGUAUUCGAGGGCCGUCGAACUCUGCUGCACACGUUCAAGGCGAUAGCUCUGGAUAUUUCGGGCAAGAAACAUCCCGAGACAAUCCAUGCGGAGAGCGUGGCAACAAACGAGAAGGGCCCUUCGAGUACAGGCGGCACUUAUAAGCAGGGACCGGCGAAGACCGUGGAGCUGGCGUAG